AUGGGGAAUAAAGCCAGCCACCAAGUAGUGGAGACAGAUACAGACUUCGACGAUUUUGAUGGUCCACCACCAGCGCCCCCUACAGAGUUAGAACUUCGUGCUAGACAGAUCAAUCCAGCGGAACAUGUCUACCCAUUUGAAAACCUUGUGUUUGAAGGAGGCGGCAGCAAGGGAAUGGCUUAUUGUGGAGCUGUUCGUGCCCUAGAGGACUGUGGCAUGUUUCCACAAAUCAAACGCUUUGCUGGGACAAGUGCUGGCGCUCUAACGGCCGCGCUCAUGUCGGUCGGGUACAACUCACACGACGUCGAGAUAUUUAUGAGGAAUGAUAUGUCCAAGAAUUUCAUGCUAGACGGAUCGUUUGUCUGGAGGUUGUUUACAUUCAUACCGAGGUUCGUCUUCGGUUACGGAUUAAGUCCUGCAUCACGAUUAAACAAUUGGCUUGGUGAGAGGUUCAGGGAAAAAACUGGAAGUGAUGAUAUCACGUUUAAACAACUUUACGAAUUCAACGGAAAAGAACUUUGCAUUGUUGUUACAAAUGUCAACAACAUGGCCGAAGAGUACUGUCACCCAAAAACAACACCAGAUAUGCCUGUUAGACUCGCAGUGCGCAUGUCCAUGUCUAUUCCAGGCAUGUUCCAAGUGGUGAAGUACAGCCACAAUCCACAGUCUCCAUCCAACAUGUACAUUGACGGAGGAGUUCUGUGUAACUACCCGAUACAUUGUUUCGAUGGCUGGUGGCUGUCUAUGAAGCCAAAAGAUGCUUUUGUCCGAAGGAUGCAUGACCUUGACCAACUCCCCGCUAUGCUGAGUAAAGCAUGCAGGUUUGGAGAGCGGUCCGACAAAACUUUGGGCUUUUUGGUGUACUCCGAGGCUGAAGCCGACAACUUCAGAUUUUACCUUGAGAAACGAACGCCUGUUCUUUCACGAUCGAAUUCUACACUCAACAGGAAGAGAAGAACAGAACUGAUUGCGAAAUCCAGAGACCGAAAACGGAUUUCUGCAGCUGUCAGUCGUUUUUUUCCUCUUUUGGAUAAAUACGAAGCAGACCUAGAUGGAAAGAUCAACGACCAGGAAUUUCAAAACAUAUACGAUCACAUUUCUGAAGAGGACAGACAUACACUGUUUGGUGACCUUGGUGGAUCCAAUGCCGUAUUCAAACGGCUAGACGGAAAUGGAAAUGGACUGGUGACGUUCCAGGAAAUAAUACAAUAUAUAGAAGGGAGAGGUCUGGCUGUCAAUCAGAGAUACCUGGGAUACAAACGUCAGGACGUCACAGGCAUCGUGUCAUACGCUUCCACAAUACUUGGCACUGUGCUCCUAAACCUCAAACGACUACACAUGGAGUAUGAUGACCUUGGCCGUACUGUUGGUAUAAACACGGGUCACAUUGAGACUGCGGAUUUCGACCUUGAAGAAGAAGACAUCAUCUUUUUGUUGGAUCAAGGAAGAACCACAACUAUUGAUUUUCUAAAAAUGUAUGCAGCGAAGGAAAUCGAGAAAUAAGCUGGAACAUUCCUACAAAAAUAAAACAUGUAAACAAAAUAGACUGAUAUCAAAUAUAACCUUUUCAUGUGAUAUCUAUCGAUUUUUGGAAAUCCUUUAAAACAUGAUAGAAAUGCAGAACAGAAACCUUUUACAGUCACCAGGAAUUCCAAAUAACAGUACUUUAAGAUCAAGUUAUAUCGAAUAACAUAGAUAUCCCUAUAUUAGUAAGUUCAUAUUGUUCUUUCGACGUGUCUCUUGUGUUAUGAAGCACACCGUAGUUGCGAAAAAAAAUACUAAAUACACAUUUUGCUUUUGAAAAACUAGACGGACAGUUUGUAUUUUGUAUUUUCGUAAUGUUAAUUUACAUCAAAUAUUGAUAUUUGUAUGGACAAUUUUAUUAUAUUACGCACUCUUUUGAUGCGUUACAAUAUGGAGGAGCUCCUAACAGGCUCACAGUAAAAAAAUUCCGGGUAGACGCUGUUUAUCAAAGUGUAUGAGUGUGUCUUUUUUUUUAAAAAUCGCUAGUGAUAGAUAUACGCAUUGAACUGCUUUCAAUUGGCUAGAGCGCUUCGUUAAUUUUGCCAUUGUCCUGUUGAUAUUAUCAGCCUAUAACUGAAAUGCUUAACAAUAUAUUUUGGUUGAUGUGACGUAAAGACAGAUAAUUAUGUAUUUUCAUUUGUUCAUGUACAAUCCCGUGUUUUUCAUUAAAAAUUUUAAUUCUUUAACCGUGUAUUUUAAGAAGGAAUGUUGAAACAUUUUUUUUUAUAUUUGAUUGAACUAUGAGAAAAACAAUAUACCUGUUAUAGUAUAUAUCAUGAUUAUUCACAAUAUAUUGUGAGUGCCGUCAGACCAGAUCAAUAUGACAUUCAAGAACAAAGGGAAUGUUUACACCGGUAGGACUAUCACAAGGAAAAUAGAACAAGUACAAAUGUAUUCUGUAUGCAAAGUCAUUGUAUUUACUUCACCUUCAUCAGAGUUUAACUAGUUAUUUAGGAAUUACUUCCCUUAUAUCAGUAUUGAAUUAGGUAAUUAGGAAUUACUUCCCCUACAUCAGUAUUGAACCAGGUAAUUAGGAAUUACUUCCCCUACAUCAUCAUUAAACUAGGUAAUUAGGAAUUACUUCCCCUACAUCAGCAUUAAACUAGGUAAUAAGGAAUUACUUCCCCUACGUUAAACUAGGUAAUUAGGAAUUACUUCCCCUACGUUAAACUAGAUAAUAAGGAAUUACUUCCCCUACAUCAGCACUAAACUAGGUAAUAAGGAAUAGCUUCCCCUACACCAGUUUUAAGGUAUGUGUUUUUCUGAUUCAGGACUUUUUCUGAUUCAGGACUUUCUGGUUUUUUAGUCCUUUAUUCCAUACUCACAAUAGAUACAUAAUAAAUCAAUAUAUUACAUACUUUAUCCGGUUGCAUGUGUUUUGUUCUCUAUGUUCUGAUUGUAUUUUCAUAAUUGAAAUAAAGCUCUUGAUUUUUUCAA